UCCCCACACAACCAAAACAAUAAACAUGGAUGGAAAAGGGAACGAGUGAAAAGGACGUGGCAAAAUUAACUGAAUUUGCGACGAUUUAUAGCGACAUGCUAUUUGACAUAGCACAUAUUUUGUAAGAUAGUUAAUUCGGUGUUAAGGUUGUUACCAAUAUCUUGAGAAAUUCAAAAUGAAGAAAGCUGGUUAUAAAAGAAACACCAGCGUCAUCUUCUCAUUGGAAAUAGUUUUUCUGGUUUGUUUAUGUGUUUCAUUAACUUACGCUGAAAACCAACAGGUCUCAAAGCAAGACGUAAAACCAGAAAAAAUAAACACAGAAAUUCCACAGACACCAAAGAAAGACUUAAAAUCAGAACAAGACAUUAACACCAAUACUGAUAAAACUGUAAAUACACAAGGUAGGAAAUCUGAUGAUAAUUCACAUGUAGAGAAUGUUGUUAAAUCUAAUGAACAAUCAAUUCAAAAUCAGUUCUCAGAUGAAAAAGUAAAUCAAAAGGCUGAGAAUGAUAGAAAACUUAAUGUUAAAGAUGAUAAAGAAAGCAAAGAUAUUAAAGAUGUAGACAACCUUAAACCUAAAUCAGGAAAGGUUGAUGAAUCAGUUAAAAAUGAUCUUGUUCAAGAAAUGAAUCAAAAUGAUAUAGAUAAGGACACUGUUAAUACUAAUGUUAUUAAAGAUCAAAUAGGUGAAUCUCAUAAAAAUGAUAAAGAAGACACUGGUCCAAAUUCUAAACCUGGGCCUUCUUCUGAAAAGGGAGAAGGCUUUCCUGCUAGUACAUUAGGAACAAAUGAUCAUACAGAUAACAAAAUUGAAAGAACAGGAUCAAAAGAUGAUACAAAUCCAGGAGAUAAUGUAAACCAGGCUAAUAAUGAGAAGAUGUUGGAGAAGGAUAAUGAUGUGAAUAAAGUCACAGGUGAUCAACCAACAAAUUUUGAAGAGGUUGAACUGAAGAAAAAUGUUGAAGAUACCUUGUCUGAGGAGGAUUAUGAUCAGUGGUUAAAUGAUCAUAGUAUAGAAUCAACGACAGAGUCUGUGGAAUCAGGAAGGGAACCAAAAGACGGUACAGAUACUGAAGAAAAGGAAGCAAAAGAAGUUGUAGAAGAAAAGCCCUUGUCACCAGAAGAACUUAAAGCUGAAGAAUACUACAAGCAAGGAGAGGCUCUUAUAAAUGAAACAUUCCAAAAAGACUACCAUCAAGCACACCAAUUCUUCAAGAUGGCUGCUGAUCUGAAUCAUACAAAAGCUUUAGAACAUAUUGCUUUUGCCUACCUGUUUGGAGAUUAUAUGCCACAGAGUAUUGAAAAAGCUAAAGAAUUAUUUGUUGAUUUGUCAAACAGAGGGUCACCAAGGGGACAAUUGGGAAUGGGAUUUCUCAGUAGUGCAGGAAUUGCAGUCAACUCCAGCCAGGCAAAGGGUUUGAUAUUCUACACAUUUUCUUCACUUGGAGGAGAUCCAUUGGCACAGAUGACUUUAGGUUACAGAUAUUGGUCAGGGAUAGGAGUAGAAACCAAAUGUGAAUCUGCAUUAACUUAUUACAAGAAAGCAGCAUCAACUGUGGCAGAUGCUGUAACAUUUUCGAGUGGUCCUGCCAUACAGAGAAUCAGAUUACAUGAAGAAGCAGAGAAUCAAAACUCAGGUCAAAGUGCAUUGAUGGAUGAUGAUUUACUACAGUAUUAUCACUUUCUAGCUGACAAAGGAGAUGUGCAAGCUCAGGUUGUACUAGGACAGCUGUAUUACCAAGGUGGAAGAGGAGUACCAGUAGAUCAUGAGAGAGCUUUACAUUAUUUCAUGAUGGCAGCAGAGUCUGGGAAUGCCAAUGCUCUGGCUUAUCUGGGAAAGAUGUAUACAGAAGGUAGUGCAGCAGUAGAACAGAAUAACCAGACAGCUAUGAUGUACUUCAAGAAUGCAGCUGAUAAGGGAAAUGCAGUAGGUCAGACAGGUCUUGGAAUGAUGUACAUGUAUGGUAAAGGUGUGGCAAAGGAUUUUAAUAAGGCUUAUAAAUAUUUCCAACUAGCAGCAGACCAAGGAUGGGUAGAUGGACAGUUACAGCUUGGUAUCAUGUACUUCAGUGGUAAAGGAGUAAGAAGGGAUUAUAAAAUGGCAGUGAAAUACUUUAACUUGGCUGCCCAAGGAGGACAUGUAUUAGCUUAUUUUAACCUAGCACAGAUGCAUGCUACAGGGACAGGGGUACUAAGGAAUUGUCAUACAGCUGUAGAGUUUUUCAAAAAUGUGGCAGAAAGGGGACGCUGGGCUUCUAUGUUACAAGAAGCUCACACACUGUACAAAGAAGGAAAUGUGCAUCAAGCUUUAAUGAAAUAUACAUUCCUAGCAGAUUUAGGAUAUGAAGUGGCUCAAUCAAAUGUAGCAUAUAUUUUGGAUAAUGGUGAAGUUGGAUUAUUUGUUGAAGAUGAAAUUUAUCAGAGAGCUUUACUCCACUGGGGUAGAGCUGCCUCCCAAGGAUCUACUAUAGCAAGGCUUAAGAUGGGAGAUUAUCAUUACUAUGGUUAUGGUACUAAAGUAGACUAUGAAUCAGCAGCUAGUCAGUACAGACUGGCAUCUGAACAGCAACAUAAUGCUCAAGCCAUGUUUAAUCUGGGAUAUAUGCAUGAACAGGGUCUUGGUCUUAAACAGGAUCUGCAUCUAGCCAAAAGAUUUUAUGACAUGGCUGCAGAGACCAGUAUAGAUGCUAAAGUUCCUGUUAUGUUAGCAUUAUUUAAAUUAGGAGUAUUUUAUGGUGCUGAUGUAUUUAAUAAAGAAAUAGAAGAAAUGAAUAAUUUUUUCCAAAAACUAGAUCCCAGAUAUUUAUUUGGUCCUGACUGGGAUAUGUAUUUAAUAACAUUUUUCGCCUUGGCAAUAGGAUUAAUUAUUUUAUUACGGAGGAUAAGAUAAUUGUGAAGUACUUUGUUAUGUGUGUGUUCAUGAGAAUUUUGCUAGAAGUGGGUGGUUGAGAGGUGUGUGUAUGCAUGCUUGAUGUGGGAGUGGCUGUGUGUAAGGAUUUUAUGGAAACUGUUGAUUUUAUAUUAAUAAAAAAUAUUUAUUACA